GAAAGGCCCAUCCAUCAAAGAUUUUUCUUCCCUCUCUUCCUCUCCUCAUACACAGUCUCCUCACCCCCCCCCCCCCUCCCCCCCCAGCGACGAACAUAUAUAGCAGAGACACACAACACACAAGCGCAGAGCAAAGCGCGCGAGAAAGCAGCAGGCCAGUCUGCAAUCGCAAACUGAUCUCCUCAAGGAUCAGUUGGAUGGCCUUCUUCUUCAUCCUUGUGUGCAUCCUCGUUUCUCUCGCCUUCGUGUCGUACUCGUACCUCCACUACGCAAGCCGGCAGAGGAGUAAACGUCAAGGCGGCUACGGCCAUGAGCAAGCAGCCUUGAAGCUGCCCCCUGGCUCCAUGGGCUGGCCUUACCUUGGCGAGACCCUUCAGCUCUACUCCCAGGACCCCAACGUCUUCUUCGCCUCCAAACAGAAGAGAUACGGCGAGAUCUUCAAGACGCACCUCCUGGGCUGCCCGUGCGUGAUGUUGGCCAGCCCGGAGGCGGCGCGGUUCGUGCUCGUGACGCAGGCGCACCUGUUCAAGCCGACGUACCCGCGGAGCAAGGAGCGCAUGAUCGGGCCGUGGGCGCUCUUCUUCCACCAGGGCGACUACCACCUCCGCCUCCGCAGGCUCGUCCAGGGCGCGCUCGGCCCCGACGCACUGCGCGCGCUCGUGCCGGACGUCGAGGCCGCCGUUCGGUCGACGCUCGCGUCCUGGGACGGCCGGGUGACGAGCACUUUCCACGCCAUGAAGAGGCUGUCGUUUGAUGUUGGUAUCGUGACGAUCUUCGGCGGCCGGCUUGACGAGCGGUGGAAGGCAGAGCUGAGGAAGAACUACUCCGUCGUGGAGAAGGGCUACAACUCCUUCCCCAACAGCUUCCCCGGGACGCUCUAUUACAAGGCGAUCCAGGCGCGGCGACGGCUGCACGGCGUGCUGAGCGACAUCAUGCGGGAGCGGCGGGCACGGGGCGAGCCAGGCACCGACCUCCUGGGCUGCCUAAUGCAGUCGCGGGGCGACGACGGCGCGCCCCUGCUCACCGACGAGCAGAUCGCCGACAACAUCAUCGGUGUGCUGUUCGCGGCGCAAGACACGACGGCCAGCGUGCUCACCUGGAUCGUCAAGUACCUCCACGACCACCCCAAGCUCCUCGAGGCCGUCCGGGAGGAGCAAGCGGCGAUCCGCGAGGCCAACGACGGCGGGAGGCUGCCGCUGACGUGGGCGCAGACGAGGAGCAUGACACUAACGCACAGGGUGAUUUUGGAGAGCUUAAGGAUGGCCAGCAUCAUCUCGUUCACGUUCAGGGAGGCCGUGACUGACGUGGAGUACAAAGGGUUUCUUAUCCCUAAGGGAUGGAAGGUGAUGCCACUCUUUAGGAACAUUCAUCACAACUCGGACUACUUCCAGGAUCCACAGAAGUUCGACCCUUCUAGAUUCAAGGUGGCGCCGCGGCCAAACACCUUCAUGCCAUUUGGGAAUGGCGUGCACGCGUGCCCGGGGAACGAGCUGGGCAAGCUCGAGAUGCUGGUCCUCAUCCACCACCUGGUCACCGGCUACAGGUGGGAGGUUGUUGGAUCCAGCGAUGAGGUCGAGUGCAGCCCGUUCCCUGUGCCCAAGCAUGGCUUGCCCGUCAAAUUGUGGAGAGAAAACAGCACUGUGGGUAGAAAUGGUUGUGACAGUGAUAAUGUGGAGGACAUAAUAGUUUGACACUUUGAUUAGGCAUUAAUUUAACCUACCUAGCUACAGGUUUUUUCUUUCUUUAUUUUCUUUGCUUGCCCUUCUCCUGAUCAAAUUUAGUUGAAGGAGAAGAAAGGCUGUUUUUCCCCUUCUUUUAGCUUUCUCUGAUAAUGAUGAAAAUAUAAGCUAUGUGGUCAUCAAUGAUGCGGUACCAUAUCAUUGAUAUAUUCACUCAAAA